AUGGCCAGCCGACCUCCGAAUCAACGCGUUGGAUCCUCGUCAUCUUCUUGUUCCUCACAUUCCUCGCCUUCAGAGGCUGGCGAAGCAAACGAGCCACCUAGCGGCCGUUGCUCUUGCGCCAGCGUCGGUAUAACUGCUCCGCAGCCUGCAGCCUUCGUCGAGUCUUUACGCUGCAUGCGCUGCGCCCGUUCUGUGGAAAUGAUGUCCACAGACGAUACGAGCACCGUCGGCAUGGUCCGCGUCGCUUUCAACCUUUUCUACUGCAGUUGGUGUGCAAAACUGGUGGGCUACAUAUAA